AUGCAUAGAGGCGGUAAUAUCAAUUAAGCUCACUAAUCAGGGCAAGACUAGAAAUAUCCAGCAACUAUUGACAUCAGGUUCGAUUAAAGAAACUCAAUAGAUAUAAUCAAAGAUGAAGCACUGUUGAAGUAUCAGGAAAAUGCAUUCUUACUAGGUAAAAUAUUCUCAGUUGAGGCUUAGCCAAGCAGUUCACAACAAAGGACUUAGGCAUCUCCAAAUGAUUUAGAAGGGGAGUUCAGUGAUGAUGAUUCCUUUUCAGAAGACUCAUCCAUCUAAAACUAAGAUGAUUACGUUUUGGGUUAGCUACUAAAUCAAAAUAGACACAAUUUAGCAGGAGGGGUAAAUGGUAGUGGAGUUGAUAGUGGAAAACUCUUUGAAUCUGACCAAGAAUAGAUGAAUGACUAAGAUCAGGAGAUGGAGGAUGCUAUUUUAGAGGAGGAAAAUCUUGCCAGUCAAACCUUCAAGAUAGACUUUAAAGUCUUAGGACAGGAUGAGGAGGGUCAGCUCCUGCUAAACUAGUUUAAGGCCAUUUAAAAUGAAUAGAAAUCUGUAGUGGAUGCUAAGCGAAAGUAGCAUGAAUAAAUGGUGAGAGAGUAGAAGGAAUUUAUUACUCUAAUGAGCAGAAUUAAAACAAACAAUCAAUUAAAGGGCAACAAUGGCAUAGAUGAAUUGCUAAGAGAGUGCUAGUAGGCAGUGCUGGGACAACAGAAUACUAACAAUGGAAUGAAGAUAAUGCAUCCAGUUUUCAUUGAACUAGAGAAAUUCACAAAGACUCUUGGGAAUAGUUAGUAAUCGUUGAAUUAAACUGCUAAUGAAGAUAACCUUAAGCCUUGGAGUGUUGAAAAUAGAGAUAAGAUUAAGGUUUUAUAGCUAUGA